CAUCGAUAAUACUGCAGACAUCGUCCUUUCGAUUUUCUUAUUCGACGCGGACCAUCACUACCAGUGUUUUAAUGUCACGUCGCGAAAGACGCACAACAAAAUGGAGCUAUCAAACAAACUCCGUUGGGACCAAUUCCUGAUUUUGGCAGCAGCACUUAUGUCACCUGCAAUCACGGUGCUGUGUAAUGAUAUCCUCAGCCUGAAGGUGGCAGGAGAUCCAGUGCUAACCCCUAACUCUGUGUGCCUCAGGCUGGCAGGCCUCAGUAAACGUCAGAUGCGGAUGUGUGUGAGGAACCCUGAUGUGACAGCAUCUGCUCUACAGGGGAUCCAAGUGGCCAUCCAUGAAUGCCAGCACCAACUCCGGGACCAGCGCUGGAACUGCUCCUCGCUGGAGGGCUUUGGCAAGCUGCCGCUCCACAACUCCAUCCUCAACAGGGGUUUUCGGGAGAGUGCCUUCUCUCUGGCCUUGCUGGCAGCGGGCGUGGCUCACUCUGUGGCCUCGGCUUGCAGCAUGGGCAAGUUGCGGGGGUGUGGCUGCGAGGCCAAGCGUCGCCAGGACGAUGACAAGAUCCGGCUGAAACUCACACAGCUGCAGCUGCAGACGCUUCAGAAGGGUGGGGCAGGCAUCGACUUAACACGGUCAUUACCCUCAGAGCUGAAUGGUCAUCGUGGCAGCCUGCCCACUAACCUGCGCUCAGCCCACCCCUCAGCCCUUCUCAAGCCCUUACCGGAUGAGCUAAGCUCUAUGCAAGACACCUGGGAGUGGGGGGGGUGCAGUCAUGACAUCCGUUUCGGGGAUCGCUUUUCCAGGGACUGGCUCGACUCCCGGGGGUCUCCAAGAGAUAUCCACGCCCGCAUGAGGAUACAUAACAACCGUGUGGGACGACAGAUAGUGACUGACAACAUGACAAGGAAAUGCAAAUGUCACGGCACAUCAGGGAGCUGUCAGUUUAAGACCUGCUGGCAUGUGUCUCCAGAGUUCCGUCUUGUGGGCUCCAUACUCAAAGAAAAGUUCCUGACAGCCAUUUUUGUCAACUCUCAGAACAAGAAUAAUGGGGUUUUCAACCCUCGGACAGAAAACGGCGCCAGCGGAACCCAAGGGGGUCUCGGCGGAGGGCGUCGUCGAAUCAUGUCCAGAGAGCUGGUGUACUUUGAGAAGUCUCCUGACUUUUGUGAGCACGACGUGUCCAUAGACUCUCCGGGAACACACGGACGAAUCUGCAACAAAACUAGCUACAGCACAGACAGCUGCAGCUCGCUGUGCUGCGGCCGUGGACACAACAUCCUCAAACAGACACGCAGCGAGCGCUGCAAUUGCAGAUUUCACUGGUGUUGUUACGUGCUGUGCGAGGAGUGUCGUCACACAGAGUGGGUCAACGUGUGCAAGUAGACGUCAGUCUGUUCCCCCCUCAGUUCGAGCGGCUUUUACUCAUCCAGGACUCAAGAUGGCGAGCCUGUCCCUUCGCCCACUCAUGUUGUUCGAGCUUUUGUUUUUGCUCCUUGUGCAACUCUCCCAGAGAUCCUGUUUACCCCCCACCCACCCUCUUUUUUUUAAGUCCAUCAUCUGGGAUCUAUUUUCUUUUUGUAGACGCUGUUAUUCUCAAAAUGCCAAGUCAGAGAUUGAAGAGGUGACUCAUGUCAUUUGUCUUCCCAUGGCCUGUUUAGACGCUGGCCUUUCAGCCAUGAAAAUGGCCCAUACUUCAUCGUUUGAGACCCACAAAGAAAAAGAAAGAAAGAAAACGCAACAGCAGAGGAGCUUCAGCGUCUACAAGCUGACUCAUCUUAUUGUACAGUAACAGUUUAUUUGAAUGUGUAUGUCUAUAAUUGUAAAUGUAUUAUUAUUAAUAUUAAUAUUGUACUAGAGCCUGUCUUUUUUCAGUGAAUGACAGAUUGAUGGUGGCCAUGUGGUCAGCACGGUGAAGCAGUGUGCAGACAGAACAGUCUCAUUUUCUUUCUCCAUUUGUACCAAAAUAAUACUCGUGUGUGACUCUGAAAAGUACUAAUUUGGGAACUUGUCUCACAAUCUCUCUUUACUGAUCAAAGAAGACAAAUUUUUUUUGGAAGGGCGAAUGAAUUUGACACAGCGCUUUCUCACAUGCAGGACUUUCAGAUGCUCGUCCAAGCUUGUACACUUGUAAAACUCAAGAUGGGAAACUGGAAGCAACAAAUCUCUAGAUUGUACGACUAAUGAUUCAGAUUUAUAUAUUUAUAUAAUGGUAACAAUAGUAAUCACUUCAUGAGUAUGGUUGCUAGUGGUCAUGUUUUUUAUGACUCUGUAUCAUUAUUGUGGCAGCAAAAAUGCUGUCUCUUGGGUAUGACUGUACUGUGAUUUGUGUCACUUUCCUAUGAAAUUGUGACUGGGCUCUUGAUAUUUCGUGCUUGCUUUUGUCCAUUUCAUCAGUCUGAGCACUCCUUAGAUUCUUCCCACAUGUACUACAUGUCAAAGUGAGAGAUGGACCUACUUUAGUCCUGAAAUGACGCUGAAGAGUGUGCGUCUGUUGCUGUGUAAAUGGGGGGUAGGCUCUGUGCACUACAGAUUUGGGAGGUGAGAGCCUUUUUUAUGGCCACUUCAUGCUGAGAGAAGGACUUUUUAUGGCUGCAGGAUAUUGUUUCCUUAAAGUAUGACUUUUAUUACUGGAGAGAAGCAUCAAGAGAGCAGAGAAUGGGGGUGAUUAUACCAGUCUUUGCUGUGCGAGCAUCUAAGGGGAUCAUCUGUCCAGAGUUCAUAGCCAAGGAAGGGACUUGUUGAACCACGUGCUUUGGGGACGCUGUAUCCCUGUUACCUGGGAGACAGACUACACAAAUAUAAACACAUGCACAUAAAUGCUUGCAUGGGUUGGUUUACGUACCAAGACAUGUAGGAACGCUGGCACCCGACGCUCAAUCAAAAACAUGCAUGUUGUUGCGCACAAAUGAACUGUAGAUUUAGCAAAAUGCUCCUGUCGCCACUUGACUCGAUUUAUGAUAGCAGCAUUCCUCGAUAUCUUAGAUAAUCCAAACCGUCUCCAUGCUUGGCC